UCAAACACAAAAAACGUCUCUCUCUUUUCCCUCUUCUCCUCAUUUCAAAUCUCUCUCCCUCUAUCUGCUUCUGUCUCAAUAAACUUUAGAUCUGAGAAAAUCAUGGCACCAUUGUUAGAGAUCUUUGAAAACAAACUACCAGGAGGAAUUUUAACACAAUCGAUCCGUAAAUUACUACCUAGAUCUUCUUCGGCAAAUAUGUCACUGAAGAUGAAAUCAAUCAAAUCGAUUGAUACUGAAAACACUCCUCCGUUAGAUCCAAAUGUUCAGUUAGAUAAUGAUUACAUUUCUUCUCCAGUUACAAAAAAAUCACCACUGAAAUCAGUUAGUUUUCAGAGAGACGUCUUAGUUUUAGAUCAACAAGUUGAUAAAUCAGCUACUCUUCCUCCUGAUCCAUCAGUGAAGAUUAUUGCAAGAAUCAGACCUGUCAGCUGGCGCGAGAGAGAUCUUCCGACUGUUCGUAAAGUUAGCCCUACUUCAAUUUCUGUUGAAGAUCGCGUGUUUAAUUUUGAUUCAGUUGUUGAUUCAACUUCUACACAGGAAGACAUCUUCCAAUUGGUGGGGGUUCCAGUAGUAAAGGAUUCCUUGGCUGGUUAUAACACUACAGUAUUAUCCUAUGGACAGACGGGUAGUGGCAAAACUUAUACAAUGUGGGGUCCUCCCAGCGCUAUGGUUGAAGGUCACUCACCAAGUAGCAACCAGGGCAUUGUUCCUCGUAUCUUCCAGAUGCUAUUCUCAGAUAUUCAAAGAGAACAAGAAAACUCUGGAGAGAAGCAGGUCAAUUAUCAGUGUCGAUGUUCGUUUCUGGAAAUAUAUAAUGAGCAGAUAGGUGAUUUACUUGAUCCCACGCAGAGAAACCUUAAGAUAAGAGAUGAUGCGAAAAAUGGAUUCUAUGUUGAAAAUCUAACUGAAGAAUCUGUUACUAGUUAUGAUGAUGUAACACAAAUUUUAAUUAAGGGGCUUUCAAAUAGAAAGGUUGGUGCAACCAGUAUAAACUCAAAGAGCUCUCGCUCUCAUGUGGUCUUCACUUGUGUCGUUGAAUCGUGGUGCAAGGUUACCUCGUCAAAAUGCAUUAGUAGUUCGAAAACCAGCAGAAUUAGUCUGGUUGACCUUGCUGGAUCAGACAGAAAUAAACUUGAGGAUGCAUCCAUAAAGGAGGUCAGGAAUGUGAGAAAAUCUCUGGCACAGCUCGGGCGCUUGGUUAACACUCUUGCUGAAAGUCCCCAGCCUGGAAACCCUAGUGAUGUCCCGUAUAGAAGUUCAUGUUUAACACAUUUACUUCGGGAAUCAUUUGGGGGAAAUGCAAAACUCUCAGUCCUCUGCACUGUUUCUCCUCAUGACAGAUGUAAAGGUGAAACUUUGAGCACGCUAAGGUUUGGUCAGCGUGCAAAAUCCAUUCAAAAUGAGCCACAAAUAAAUGAGAUUUCGGAGGAUGAUGUUAAUGGUCUCAGUGAUCAGAUUCGUCUAUUGAAAGAAGAACUUAUUAGAGCAAAGUCAGUUGGGUACAACUCAAUGGGAAAGAAUUCCGAGUAUUACGGAGGAAAAAGUGCCCGUGAAAGCUUAAAUCAGCUGAGGUUAAGUCUCAAUCGCUCGCUGAUCCUACCCCGUAUGGAUAAUGAUUCAGACGAAGAAAUUAAUGUUGAUGAAGAAGAUGUAAAAGAUCUAAGAGUCCAAUUAGAGAAUUUACAAACAAACCUAUCCGUCGAGAAGGAAGAAAGUUUCUUUUCGUCCUUUGAAGAUAGUUCAGAUACAGAUUUACCGAGUGAUGAAAGUAAAAUUGAUGACACCGGUUUCGAAGAACUUGAUAAGGAACCCAUCGGACCUUUAAAGGAGGAGGGUAGUUCUGUAGCUCCCCAAGACAAUUUAACUAAUCUCACCAGAGCUAGUCUUUCUGUCAUCCCGCUGCGACAGGUUUCAGUCCUUCAAGAACCAACCUUCUCAGAAUCACCGAAAUUCGAAAAUACCCAGAAGAGAAGUAUAUCAGCCUCAUUAAAUAAUUUGGCGAGUCAAAAUCUAGUUUCUGAGAGUUGCAAUCUCAAACAGGAGGUUUUGCGACAGUCGGUUAAACGAAGUGAUCAAAUCCGUGCUUCCUUGCGUGCAAGCACUAUAUUCUCAGGUGCCACGGAGUCCUUGGCUGCAAGCCUCCACAGAGGUUUGCAGAUUAUUGACCAGCAUCAAAGGAGUUCAGCUUCAAGCAAAUCCUCAGUUGCUUUGUCCUUUGAUCAUUUAGCAUUGAAACCAUGCCAAGAAAAUGAAAAAUCUAUUGCUGGUCUCCAAACAUUACCAGAAGACGGAUCAAGUGGAUCUUUCAUUUGUGCAGCUUGCAAACAGCCAGGAGUUCAUGAGUCUGAACAGGUGGAGGACAGCUUUAACAAAUGGAUAGUACCGGGUGGUGGAGCAGUAACUGUGGACCAGGCAUCUAAAGACACACAAAUAGCUUUGGCUGAAGCACUCAAGAGAGAGGAGGAGCUCAAAACUGUGUGUGCAGAACAAGUUGCAAAAAUUGAGCAGCUCGAUCUCCUGGUCAAGAAAUAUGAAGAGCAAGGACAGAAUUCAGUAACAAGUCAGGACUAUUCUGAGAACCUUCUGGAGAUGGCGGAUCAUGAGAGCAAGAAAAUGUCUUUUGAUACAAGUGAGAGAGAAGAACUUCUCAAGGAAAUUGAAAGUUUGAAAAACAGGUUGCAGUCUUACAAUGAUGUUCCUUCAGACUUGUCACAGUCAAUUUUGUCGAUAAGAAGUAAUGAUGAAUCUCAUUUUCAAGAAAAGAUUGACGAGGUAAUAGAAAAGGAAAGGCAAAAGUGGACAAAGAUGGAAAGUGAGUGGAUUUGUUUAACUGAUGAAUUGAGAAUUUCUAUCGAAUUACAACGCCAGCAUUCAGAGAAAGUGGAAGCGGAGUUGACAUUAGAGAAAAAAGUCACGGAAGAAUUGGAUGAGACAUUAGAUAGGGCUGUUCUUGGGCAUGCUAGAAUGGUUGAACACUAUGUUGAGCUGCAAGAGAAGCAUAAUGAAUUACUUGGAAGAAACCGAAGGAUCAUGGAAGGGAUUGCAGAGGUGAAAAAGGCUGCUGCAAAGGCAGGAGGAAAAGGGAAGAGUAAUUCACGUUUCCUCAAGUCCCUUGCCACAGAGCUUUCAGCCUUAAGAGUAGAGAGAGAAAAGGAAAGGGAACAUUUGAGAAAGGAGAACAACCGUUUAAAGAUUCAGCUAAGAGAUACAGCGGAAGCUGUUCAUGCUGCUGGGGAGCUUCUUGUUCGUUUGAGAGAAGCAGAAGAAGCUGUUUCAGUUGCAGAGGGAAACUAUAUGAAUGCUAAAAAAGAUAAUGAGAAAAUAAGGAAGCAAUUGGAGAAGCAGAAGAGAAAACACGCAAUGGAGAUGGUAACCAUGAAACAAUAUCUGGCAGAGAGCCGAUUACCAGAAUCUGCAUUGCAGCCAAUGUACUGGAAGGAAGAGGAAGAUAGGGCCACAAACAGCAUUAGCAACUCGAACGCCGCUGUAACCGAGGAUGACCAGUCAUGGAGAACUGCAUUUCAACCUGCAUAUCAAGAACGUUACUAAGACUACGACUUAAACUGGGAAUUGGUUGUUGUCAGGAAGAUAUAAUAUGUACAAUGGUCGGGAUAUGUCAGACCCUACUUGGGUCAACAGCAAUUGUAGUACAUAAUUCAGAUGGUUUUGGUUUGUGAGUAUCUCCUAACUGAGGGUGGGAUAGUUGUUCUAUAUGUUUACUUCUAAUGAGAUUCACUUU